AUGAGUAAAUUUUAUAUAAAAAAUCUGAACAAUACAGAAAAUUCCCUCAAUGAUGGACCCCCUACAUAUAUGGAAGAUGAUAUUCCAAAAAAUAAAUAUAGAGAAAAUAAUUCAAUAGUAUAUGGUAGUACAAUAGAUAUAUAUAAUGUAACAGAUAAAAAUGGUUUGCCAAUAACAAAAGAGUUUGAUUUUGUUUAUGACGAACAAAUUGAUAAUAGAAUCAACUUCAGUAGUAAUAAUAUAAAUGACUUAAAUAUACAGAUAUCUAAUUCGAUUCAAAUAUAUUAUAAAUCUAUUUUUCGAUAUGCAGCUGAAUGUUCAUCUUUUUUAUGUGCUGUAGGAAUGUGGGGGGUAUUAGAAGAUAUAUUUCGUAUACUAUCAGAAGAUGAUACUUAUAUUAUGUUUUAUUAUUACUUUUUUUUUGCACUAAUUUUUGCAUCCUUAGCUCUUGCAUGUAAUUUAUGUUUUAAUGAAUCAGAUAAUGUAAAUAAAUGUGCAUUUAACGAUUUGGAAAAUCAGGAAUAA